UGCGUGUUCCAAAGUUCCCGAUUUCAGGUUCCAGGUUCCAGUUCAAUAUAUAUUGAGAGUUCAGUGGUCUAUCCUUAUUAUGUUUAUGGAUGUAACGUAUCUUCCUGAUUUGAUGUAAGAACAAUUUUUUGUGAUACAUCUGGCGAACGGAAAUUCAAAAAAAAAAAUAAUAAAAUAACACGAUUUCUUGAAGUGAUAUAUUAACGAGUACUUUGAGAUUUCUUGGAGUUAGUAAGACUUGCGGAUUCAUUUUAUCAUAAACUACAAUGCCGCGAGGAAAAUUCGUCAAUCACAAAGGCAGGAAUCGACAUUUUACGAAUCCCGAGGAGCUGGAGGAACAGCGUCGUCAGGAAGAAAAAAAGCAACAGUGGAGAAAAAAUAAAGAACAAGAUAGUUCUGAAGAAGAAGAAGAAGACGAAAAACCCAAAGCAAGUGGCACUAAUAGAUCAAAAAAUCUUAGUGCCACAGAUAGUGAAAGUGAAUCAGAAUCGGAUUCAGAAACAGAGGGAGGCAAAGCAAAGGGUGUAGAGAAUUUAAUUGAAGUAGAAAAUCCAAACAGAAUACAAAAGAAAACUAAGAAAUUAACUCAAUUGAAUCAAUCAUUAGAUUCAAAACCAGAAUUAUCUCGAAGAGAGCGAGAACAAUUAGAAAAACAAAGAGCCUAUGCAAAUUAUCAAAAAUUGCAUGCAGCUGGUAAGACGGACGAAGCUCGAGCGGACCUAGCACGAUUAGCUAUAAUUAAGCAGCAACGAGAGGAGGCAGCAAAGCGACGAGAGGAAGAAAAAAGGCAAAAGGAGAUGGCGCAACAGAAGAAAACCGAGUUGACGCAAAAAGCACUCGGAAAAAAAUCCUAAAACCUUCCGAUAGAGCUAAUUGCAUGGCUAAUUGAUUAUUGCAAUAUUAAUAUCUUCACAUCUGAUCGUGUAAUGAUAAAAUUUGAUGAACCAAUACAUAUGUUUGCUAUAUGCGUUUUAUGAUAUGUUAAUCAUUGUUUAUAUACAAAUACAAAUGAAUUGAAUUAAAUCCA